UCUGAUGGCGUGUACUUCCUGUCUGAUGGCGUGCGUUUCUCUCUGAUGACGUGUAUUUCCUGUUUGAUGAUUUGUAUUUCCUGUCUGAUGGCGUGCGUUCCUCUCUGAUGACGUGUAUUUCCUGUUUGAUGAUUUGUAUUUCCUGUCUGAUGGCGUGCGUUCCUCUCUGACGUGACUCUGCGUUCAGGGUUUCUGUGUCACGAUGGAGAACACCUCAGAGCUGGUUUUUGUUCUUCAGGGUCUGAACGCCUCUCUGACAAACCGUCACGCGUACUUCUCGUUCGCCCUCGUGUCGUACCUGCUCACCAUCUUCAUCAACCUGACGCUCAUCGUGGUUGUGUGGCUGGAGAAGUCGCUCCACGAGCCCAUCUACAUCUUCCUGUGUAACCUUUGUUUUAAUGGAAUCUGCGGGGCGUCCAGCUUCUACCCCAAACUCCUCCACGACCUCCUGGCCGACUCGCACGUCAUCACGUACGCCGGCUGCCUGACUCAGAUCUUCGUGGUUUAUAGUUACGUGUUUGUUGAGUUCACAAGUCUGACCGUCAUGGCGUUCGACCGUUACCUGGCGAUCUGUAAGCCGCUGCAGUACCACACGGUGAUGACCACGCAGCGAGUGGUGCAGCUGCUGCUCCUCACCUGGAGUUUCUCGCUGCUGGAGACAUCAGUGGGCGUAACGCUGACCGCCCGCCUGCCGCUCUGUGGGCGCCACAUCCCCAAAAUCUUCUGCACCAACUGGGAGGUGGUGAAGCUGUCGUGCUCCGACACCAUGGUCAACAACAUCUACGGCUUCGUGCUCACGUUCUCGCACAUCUCGCAGACGGUUCUCAUCGUGGUGUCUUACACACACCUGGUCCGCGCCUCGCUGCGGGUCCACGCCGACCGCAGGAAGUUCAUACAGACGUGUCUGCCACACCUGGUCACGCUGCUCGUCUUCACCAGCUCGCUCAUGUUCGACGCCAUGUACUCCCGUUACGGCGGCGGCGGCGAGCUGCAGAUGGUGAAGAACGCACUGGCGGCAGAGUUCCUGGUGGUCCCGCCCCUCAUCAACCCCAUCAUCUACGGCAUCAACCUGCACCAGAUCCGCUCCAGGAUCCUCCAGAACUUCAGCCACAAACCCAAAACUCAGAAACCAAGACCACGUCAACAAGAAAUGAUUCAAAACUAAAAAUCUCCACAGACGUGAAAUCUGCCGACCUGACAGAGAACGUGUCUGAGCAGCGCCUCAUGUUGAUUUCUUUGGCCUUUUUGCCUUUUUUAGAGCGGACAGUUUGAGACAGGAAGUGUUAGGAGGAGAGAGAGGGGGGAUGACAUCACAGCUGCUGCAACGAGGACUAUAGCCUCUGUACAUGGCGCUCGCAACAAAACACCAUCGCCCCACAGAUUUAUUUAUAAAGACCAACUUUUAACUAAAGGUUAAAGGUUAAAGGUUAAAGUGAAG